GUCGCAGCCACAGCGCCAAUCUUCCUCGCUUACCACCACCUCUCAUGUCGAUACGCAAGUCCCAGGCCCUUCAUCUCAUCCCUAGCCUCUGAGCCUAGCUUCAAAACAAUACUUAUCGACAUUGAUCAUAAACAUGUGGUCUAAAUUCAGCAGCGCGCUCAAGCAACGCCCCUCCACGCCCUCGCUCCUCGACGGCGACGAACCGUCACCAUCCAAAGCAGAAGUCCUCGCUGGCGUAUACGAACAACACCCCAAUCUUUCUGUCUUCCACGCAGAACAUCCCUCCGAAGUUCCUUUUCCACCCUCGAGUCCGACGAUGUCGCCUGCGGUCAAUGGGCGGAAGAGCAUCUUCAAGAAACCAGGCAAGCCCCAGCUGCCACCGAUCAAUACACAGGCAUCCGAGCAGGGCACGUCAAGUCCAAUGAUGAGUCCGCUCUUGCUGCCGAAGAAAGUAAAGUCGUCUCUUAAUCUUGCAAGUGGUGAGUAUUCUAUCUACUAUUAAUCGCGAGGUCGGGGCAGUAUCGUUCGCGGCUAGCUGUCAGGCGAAUGUACGAACGCGUUUCAUUGGUACUGUUAUUUGCGCUUGGCGGGCGACAAAGAGUGGACCGAGGGUGACAUCCUCCGGCGUCGUCUACGACUACAUUGUGGUGUUUCACACAAUUGUUUCAACUCUAGGGAGCGCACUGUACUGC